AAUUCAGGUUGGCCCAUUUAAAGAUAUCAUACGCCAAAAUAGAUCCUUUCGGACGCUGCGGUCACGUUGACAUAAACCUCUGAGUCGAGUGGUCUCGUCGAUACCGCUGGAGCUCGCUCGGCCGACUGACCCGGCCCAGCCCGCGUCUCUGAUCCGGUCCGGGCCGUCCAACAAUCGAAUCACCUUGUCCUUGGACAAGCUAGCUACUCGCCGUUCUGUUGUUACCUCAAACAUGUCCAGUACUUAAAUCUUUGAUAUGUCAGAAUACACUUAUGUACAUAAACCAGCUAACUAAAUAAAAUGACUGGGAGAGAAUGGAUAGAAAGCAACUUUAACAAAAAGGAGUGUGCAAAGUUUGUCAGCAGCAAGAGGGAUCCAAGAAAAUGUGGAUGUGGCAGGAGUCUUGCUUUCCAUCGUCAACUCACUCAGACGUCACACCUCAGAUCCUCAGCAAACUCAAGUUUAUGGAAUUCAAAAAACCACACGGUUUCCUUGGCAACAGAUGCCUAUGGAUUGCUGGAAUUCCAGGGAGCUGGUCAUGGCAACAAGGCAAAGUACAUCCGCCUUGCAGAUGACACCAGUCCUGAUCUUAUCUUGCAUCUAUUGAAACGUCAUUGGAAUCUUGGUCUACCAAACCUGUUAAUCUCAAUGCGAGGAGGUCUUCAAGACUUUGCCAUGCAACCCAAGCUCAAAAGGGUUCUUUGUAAGGGUCUAAGCAAGGCUGCUAGGACUACAGGGGCUUGGAUUAUGACUGGUGGCACCAACACAGGUAAAUACAUACUAACCAUUUCUUCCUAAAGUGUUUAAAAGUCCCAGAUGAUUGUACUGAAGAAAAAAAAAUACAGAAACAAAUAACAGAAUCAUUCUGUAAACUGUUAUCACAGGAAAUUUUCAGCAUUUUAACAGAAUAGGUCUAUUUAAAAAAAAAGUGAAAGUAAUAUGCUUUCACACUACAGAAAAUUCCUUGAACCCCAGGAAAUAGGUGGGGCUAAGGGGGGGGGGGGGGCCUUAGCCCCACCAAUUUUCCAGGGUUAAGCUUAGCUCACUUCGGUUUCACACUACGUUUUACAUUCAUUUUUCGUUCAUUAUUUAAGCAUGAGGAAAGAGUAAAGUAAAGAUAGGAAAUAUACAUGUGCAAUACGCAGUUCUGAAAUUUUCACUUGCAAUAAUUCUAACACAGAUAGAUCAUGGUCUAUGAAGGUAACCAAAGUACGGGGGCCAUAGAAUUUACAAAAUGCUUGAUCAUAAGUAUAUUUGAGAC